AUGACUCAGGAUCCAGCCCUGGGCGUCCCGCGCUCCCAGUGCCUCAAAAGCCGGAGGUUUGACUACAGUUCUGGGCUUGAUCGGAGAGGGGCCUGUCGGGGGCGUGUCCAGGCGCUUGCCAGGGGUCAUCUAAAGGCGCGAGCCUGGUCAGGCCAGUCCGGCAGGAUGCUGUCGAGGGCGGCCUGGUGCGGCGUAGCGCUGCUCUGUGCGCUCAGCCUGGGCCAGCGCCCCGCGGAGGAGCCGAGCUGCGGCCCCGGUCGCUUUCUGCGCGGGACGGAGUCUGAUGCGCGCUGCUGUCGUACUUGCACCCCAACCAUGGAGGCCUGUCCUGAGUGGGACUGCACUUGUGUCCAGCCUGAGUUCCACUGUGGAGACCCACAUUGCAUCAGCUGCAAGCACCAUCCUUGCCCACCGGGCCAGGAGGCACGGCCCCAAGGGAAAUUCAAUUUUGGCUUUGAGUGUGUUGACUGUGCCCCCGGGACCUUCUCUGAGGGCCAUGAUGGCCACUGCAAGCCAAGGGCUGACUGCUCCCAGCUUGGGUUCUCCACAGUGUUCCCAGGGAACAGGACUCACAACACUGUGUGUAGCCCAGGGCUUCCUGCUGAGCCAUGCCACCCGCUGACCCUGGCCCUGCUUGCCAUGGCCAGCUGCAUCCUCGUGCUGGCCGCCGCCCAGCUGGGCCUGCGCAUAUGGGAGCUAAGGAGAGCACGCAUGUGGCACCGAGGGAUGAAGCUGCCCUCGGAGGUACCACUGGCUGAGGAUGCUCGCAGCUACCAGUUUCCUGAGGAGGAGCGGGGGGAGCGGCUAGUGGAGGAGAAGGGCCGGCCUGGGGACCUGUGA